AUGAUAGCCUCACGAUGCUCUGUGUUCUCUCUCAUGAGCGCCUUCGUGCUCCUCCCCGUUACAAUGCCUUUGCUAGCAGCCUCAAAGGCGAUCGACUUGCGCAGUCCAAGUCUUGUUGUCACGAGAGCUGCAAGCCCAGGUCUUAGUUUGAAUGGCGAUGAUGUCUCUGGAAAGGCUGCCUUCUCACCGAACGCCGGUCUGAACAAAGGCAACCUCACUGCGCAGAGUUCCGAAGCUGGCGAGCCUUUUGAAUGCACGCUCAGCGUUACGUCCGCCUCCGGUGCAUUCGAGUUCUACCCCAGAUACCCUUGGGAUAUAAAUACUAUCGACUGGACGGGCGGCGGAGAAGCCAGCUGUACUAUCCCGAUGGUGUCAAUCUCGUUCAACCUCUUUGCAGUCAGUCCGGACGGUAGGCAACACCCCAUUGCCACAGGUGAAUGCUUCGAGUGUGCAAACCUCAUUGCGACGAACACAAAUUAUAAAUGUACCCAAGGUUUUGAUGAAUGUGAUGGGGACUGGAAGGUUGGGUACGAGGUCGUCUUCGAAGUCGCACCCCCUAAUCUGUUCAAUACGGAAUGGGGAAGUUGUGUGGCUGAAGGGGUUGUUGGGACGUGCACCCAGACUGUCGACGUCGGCACCGCGCCUAAAUACAACCUCGUUCUGCCCGAAGGUUUUACUAAUGCACCUCUGUUGACUCCAGAGGCCAUCGUUAAUAUUCGUAACGACCACUUCAUCGGACCCGAUGGCACGGUGGGGGAUCCCUCAAAGGGAGUGUUCGAUUCAAGCAAGACGGACGCUGACUUGCAGUGGAUUCUCGAGCAGGGGAUGAAAGACCCUGCGCCAUGGGGACCGGCCACUGCACCAACUUACCGACUCAAGCACUGGGGGUUGUCAGGACAGGGGCAAAAGUCACUCAACAGUCCACCCUUCAAUUCUGAUGGCAUGGAUUUGGUCAUCGAUAACGGGGGGAAUGUCAUCACGAUGUAUCCUACGUGA